UUAAGAGUUUGCCAUUGCAAUUUACUACUAACAUGGGUUUGAUUGGGUUCCUUGAUUGAAAAUUUUACCAACCAAAAUCUAACCCAAUCAAAGUUUCGAAACCUCAUCAACCCACAAAAAGUCGAAUCGAAUUGAGGCAUUGGGUUAGAUUGGGUUCGUCAGGUAAGCGGGCUGAAUGCAUACGCAUAGACCAUAGUUGGUGUAAUCAAGUUUCCAACACACAUUGGGCCGAAUAUUAAGGCUAGAGCCAGAAUCCAUUCUAGAAUGCAACACAAGUAAAUAUCCAACAUUCCAUACCCUUGUAUUGUAUGUUUCCGAGUACGCCCGAAGAACCCAAAGCCCAUUAUUUUUGUUGAUCGAUUUCAAUCUUUCGAAGAGCAACAGAAAUGGAGAAAGCGCUGAGAGUCUAUGGUGAGGUCCUGAGGCUAGUGAGGCGGUUGCCAAAGGACACAAGGCCUUACUACGCCAAGUACGCCCGUGAAAACUUCGUCAACUACAGAGAGGUCGACGCCAAAGAUUCCAAUGCCCUUGACGAGCUCUUCCACCGCGCUUACAACCACUCCAUCUGGGUCCUCAACAAGUAUUCGGUGGAUAAAUCGGUGGCGGAUAAGCUGAAGGAGAUCUGUUUUCCUUAUGUCUACAACUUUUCUGAGAAUGGGUGUGUUUGAAACAAAUGGAGAAUACUCAGACGAUGUAACGUGUCUGUAUUCGUGUAAUAAGAGGACGUUGUAUUUGUAUGUUGGUUGCUUUUCUAGAAUGCCCAUAAUUCGUGUGUUUGAUUGCAUAAUAUAUCCAAUGCUGCAAUAAGGAUUUUGAUUGUGUAUAA